GCAUCACCCCACCCGUGACCCGAAAGGGAACUAAACUCAAACGAUCAUUUGUUAUCUUGAUUUCAAUCUCCUCUCACAGCUUCUCCAACGUCUCCACGUCGCGUCAUUUUGACUCGAGCCUUCUUCUGCAGCUGCGUGGUAGCCAAUUGAAUGCCUGGGCAGUUUCGUUCCCUGGAUCCGUGAGCUCCUCCUCCGUCCCUCCGUCCCGUCCCCGCCGUACGCAUGUCUUCCUCCGCCUCCAGCUCGAGAUCCGCAUCUCGCUCUCGACAAUCGAACUCCCAGAUUCAUCAAUCGACUGCAUCCUACUUCUCCUACCCCGUCACACAUGUCGUAUCAGGCCUGUACCGUCGCCUCACUGACCCACCAGCUUCGAAAUCAAAGAACAUGAACCGCAAUCAAUCCUCCUCCAUGACCACCCCAAACGACUCCAUCACCUCAUCUCAGGUCUUCACCCCCGUUCGAACCGCCUCACCUUUCCAGCCCCCGCCGCUCACUCCCCUCACCCUCACCGGCGACCCCUCCAAUCUCGAACAACAGCUCCUAACUCGCGCCCUGGCCGAGGAAAUCCGGCUGCUAGUCCCAGCCCGCCUGCAACUCGUCGACACCUGGCGUCUAGCCUAUAGCCUGGACCGGGACGGCGCCUCGCUCGCCACCCUCUAUGAAAACUGUCGAGAAAUGUCUCACCGUAGCCCGCGGGCGGGCUACGUCCUCAUCGUCCGCGACUCUUCUCCCUCCGGCGCCGUGUUCGGUGCUUACAUGACCGACCCCCCGCAUCCAGACUCUCAUUACUACGGCACGGGCGAAUGCUUCCUCUGGCGCGCGAGCGUUCUCACUCCCCCUACGAACCUGAGCCUGCCCCGCGACGGGCCCCCAUCGGAGGACAUGCUCGAACUCGCCGGUCUGCCCCUUCCGCCGAGCGCUGAUACCACGCAUGCUGGUCGAUCCACGACCCUGCGGGCGAGGGAUGCUAAGUUGGCACCUCCAGCAACUAGCGGGCGUACUAGCGGCGCCAGUACUCCAGAGAGAAUCCGCUUUAAAGCGUUCCCAUACAGCGGAGUGAACGAUUAUAUGAUGUUCUGUGAAACGGGAUUUCUCAGCUUAGGUGGAGGAGAUGGCCAUUAUGGUCUGUGGAUUGACUCGAGCCUGGAAAAGGGCGUGAGUGCCGGGUGCCAGACAUUCGGCAACGAACCCCUGUCAGAUGAAGGCGUCAAAUUUGAUAUCCUUGGUGUCGAAGUAUGGUAUGUCGGUUCGUGAGAAUUCGUUGGUCGAGUUCAUCUUUGGAUGUAAUGCAGGUGGAGUAUCUUGGUGGAUUGUGGUGUAUGGGGGACUUGGGUGCCUUGUUUAGUACGUCGGUUAGCCGGUCUUUGUCGAGCCGUUUGGAUAUAUCUAUCUACUUAUAAUACCCGUGCACGGUGUGGCUGGUCUCAUCGUGUUAUGCACUGUUGUUGAAUCUUACAUAGUUUCCAGGUUGAUAGGAAAG